AAUGUCAGACGAAUAAAAUGCAGAAUAAAAAUAAUUUCUUUAGGAUGGAUAAUAGUAAUAAUCACAAUAAUAAUAAAUUGAUGAACAUACUCAAUAACCUAAAGAAGAUAUUUAAUAAAAAGAAGACAAUUAAGAAAAGUUGGAAAAGAAAGAAGAAGCUGUUGAAUAAAUGAAAUAAGAUAUAGGAGUAAAGAGUGAUAUAGAAUAGUAACGAGAAGCUUCUGAAACACCUGAAAAAAUCGUGUAAAAGGAACCUGAAUCAGAAAUUGUUAAAGAUGAAAAUAAAAUUGAAAGUGAUUAAUCAAAAGGAUAGGAAGAUAAAUCAUAAGUAAUUGAAAAAAGUCCAGAAACAAUAUCAUCAAAUUUAGAGAAUUUAUUUUUAAAAGCAGAUUAUACUUUUCCAGUAUUUUAGUAUUCUAUAUUAUAGAUUGAAAUAAAAGUAUGUGAUCCUGUUUAAAAAGGUGGAGGUAUAUCUACAUAUAUAGUUUACACAAUCAAAGGAAAAGAUUGUUUUGGAGAAUUUGAAACAUGUAGAAGAUUUAAUGAAUUCUACACAAUCAGAGAAUUACUCUUAGCUAAAUGGCCUGGAUAAUAUAUACCACCAAUUCCUGAGAAAUCUGUAAGUACAGGAACAGAGAUAAUAAUUGAGAGGACAAGAUUACUUAAUAUAUUUUGUAUGAAGAUGAUGUAGAUUAAGCAUCUCUAUUAUUCAGAAGAAUUUUAUGAUAUAUUUUUAAGGUCAACAAAUCCUGAUAUCAACAAAGUAUUUUGAUACAUAAAAUAUUAAAUAGUAAAUAGCUUAGAUACCAAAAUAAAAUGUGUUUGCUUAUACUGAGAGAUAUAAAUAAGCAUUUUAAAUCACUGAGAUUAAAGAAAUCACACCUGAAAUGAUUAAGAAAAUGAGUGGAGUUCAAUCCUUUUUGAAAUUAUCUUAAGCAUCUUUAACAAAAUUAUUAGAAUAAGCAAAAUCUUUAAGUUCAAGUAGAAAAUAAUUAAAGGAAACAUUUUUUACAAUUUUUGGACUUAAUAUUUCUGAAUAUGAAAAAUAAGUUCUUUAAGAAUGGGUACCUUAAAAUAAAUUGAUAUUUGCUAAUCCUGCAAAUGCAGAAAUUUUAGAACUAGCCAAAAAGAUUGUAUUAUUAAUAAUCUAAUAUAGAGAGAUCCAAAUAACAAUUCUCUUGAUAAGAUAUAGGAUUUAAUUUCAACAGAAUAAAGAGAUAUUGAUGCAUUUAUUUAAGCAUUUUAAACUAGAGAUUCUUUAAUGUAAUCAAAAUAAAAGGCUGAAUAAAAAUUAAGUGAAGAAUAAUCAGAUUUAUAUAAAAUAAUGAAAGGAAAUUCUACUAUGAAAGGUUCAUUUAGUAAAUUAAGUUUAGAUGAAUAAAAAUAAAAAUUAGAACUUUAAUUAAAUGAGGUAAUUAAUAUUAAUAUAAAUUUAGACUCAAAAAGAAGUGGAUUAAUAUAAAUUAUUAUUUUAAUUGGUUACAGAUGUUUUGACAUCAUAUACAAUUGAUAAAUUUAAAAAAGAUAAACAUUAAACUUAUAAAUCUAUUUUAGGUGAUUUAGCUUAAUGUGAAUGCUAAUAUUUGGAAAUCCAAUAAUAGUUUUGGUUCAAAGUAUCAGAAACAAUUAAAUAAAAUUAAGAACCUUGA